UACAUUAACAAAAACACCAAAGCUAUUCCCAAAUCCGCGAACUGACCUCCUUUCUUCCCUCUUUCUUUCCAGCUCCAAGGAAACCUGAACACGGAGACCCAACCUUGUGACGACUUCUGGUCGUUCUCGUGCGGGGGGUGGUUCGAGGACAACCCCCGCCCCCCCACGCGCUCCAAGUGGUCCGUCAAGCAGAAACUCAAGCAUCAAGCGCUGGCGGAGAUGCGCGAGCUGCUGGACACGAUGGACGAGCCGCAGGACGUGAACAGCAUCGAGUGGAAGCUCAAGACGUUCUACUGGUCCUGCAUGAACGUCCACUCCUACAUGAAGAGCGGCCUCGACCUCAUCAAGAGGAAGAUCAUCACCGAGCUGUACGGCUGGAACCUGAUCCGCGACACGUGGGACCUCCGGCGCUGGGAGUUCGAUGUGGUGCUGACGCGUCUUCAUGCUGAGUUCGGCGUCUCGCCCUUCUUCAGGGUCACGGUGGUGCCCGACCCGCGCAGGGAGGGACACAACAUCAUCAAGCUCUUACCGUCGGGAUUCUCAUUGCCUCACCGUAGUUACUACGACCGUAUGCCCAACAACCCGGUAGAGCAAGCCUACAAACAGUACAUCAAGGACACGGUCAAACUCUUCGAUGCGAGCGGACCCGACGCCCUUGAGUUCGCCGCCCUUCUCUACCACUACGAGAGUCGAAUCGCCGAGAUCACGCCUUCAGAGAGCAUCCUCCGGGAUCCUCUGUCUUCGAAUCAUCUCAUCUCCAUCGGGGAACUCUCGCAGAUCGCUCGUAGUGUCCCAUGGCUGGAUCUCCUGAGGAACAUCUUUCCCAACAGUAAAUUAGAUCACAGGACAGACGUGUUGGUUGUGUCUCGAGAAUACUUCAGUGACCUUUCUGAACUUAUCUCGACGACAGAUAGAAGCCUCUUGAAUAACUAUCUCAUCUUCAGCUUCGUGACAGCUUUCAUGCCAUAUCUGUCAGCUGAUAACAAAAGAGUAUUGGAUCUUUACCACAGGGAGUUUACAGGCGUCCAGGAACCGAUGGAAAGGUGGGAGUUCUGUAUACAAACGACAAACAAAUUCUUCAGCUUCGGCCUCGGUUCCCUCUAUGAACGGUCGCCAGGCAGACUGAGGGUUCGACAACGGAACGAUUAUGUUCUGCACAAGAUCUUCAAUCAAAUUCGCUACACUUUCGCUAAUAAUUUAGCAAACAGCCGAUGGUAUCCGCUGGAAGUAAAGGCUCAAUUGACAUCAAAGCUCAAUAACAUGACAUUAGCCGUGGGUUAUCCAAACCGUCUGCUGGACCUCGGUGUCAUUAACGCCUAUUAUGAAGACUACACAAUUUUCAUUAAGGAUUUCUUCCAAAACUUGCAGGACUCCAUCCGAAACGCCCAACGCCAGCUGGAGAUGAAACUGAUCGAGCCGAUGCCAGAGUCGAAGUGGAUGGACGCGCUUUCGGACGAGGCGGUGUCGUACAUCCACGAGGCGAACAAAGUCGUGAUUCCGCCGCAGCUGCUCAACCCGCCGCUCUUCCACCGCAAUUACCCCAUGGCUAUGUUAUACGGUAGCCUCGGGGUUCAAAUAGCCCGGGCAAUGCUACGCGCCGUCGACUCCGUGGGCCUGGCGUGGAAUAGCCGAGGUCAGCUCACUAGCCGCUCCAUCUACACGAACAGGUCGCUGGACAAUCUUCGAGGACUGGCAGACUGCAUAGCGGCGGCAACAAUGGAAGUGUCAAGGGAGACGGACGCAGUUGUCAAGAGGACGGCCUAUGACACCGCCUCUGAAGUCGACGCCGUUAGACAGACGUACCAGGCGUAUGUGUCCCUCAUGCACCACCAGCCACAGCCACAACACCCAAGUUUCGAAAACUUCAACACCACAAAUAUUUUCUUCAUGGCCUAUGCCGGGAGCCUGUGUUCCGACAUGACUGCCGAGGAAAAGGACAUUCACAGAACCUGCUUCUCGAGCCUCAUUGACAAACCCAAACUGGAAGCUGUUCUGACACAACUCCCCGAAUUCAGCAAAGACUUCUCAUGCCCAAAGGACGCCUACCAUUUCCCCAAACGGUUAUGUGCACAAUUCCACUGACUAUUAAAGUAUUCUUAUAUCCAGCAUAGGUUUUGAGGGGAGAAAAGAGAGAGAGAGAGAAUGGACAUAGGGUGAUAGGGAUGCAUUUUAUGAUUUGUUUUUUCUAACGGAGGGUGAGGCGUGUGGGAGAAUGCGCGGGGAUUGAGUAUUUGCUAUCUUCCAGUUUUUUUGUUUUUUUUUGUAUUCUUAGUUGUGUAGGAUUUAUAUGAUUAUAUAUUUGUGAUGAACUACUGCCAUUGUUAUGUGUGAUUUUUUAAAGUAAUUAUCUUG